AUGUCACAUCCAUCAGAGCCGCCUCCAUUCUUCGGAGCGAAACCGUCAUCCAUCACUGAGCGCGCUCGGCAGCUGAUUCAAAGACUUCGCCAGGCGCAGAGACAGAUUAUAGAUACGGUAUUGCCACAAGACGCAAACUUUUCCAAUGUCCUUUUACCACUUGCACAGGCUGAAAAUACCGUUUCGGCGGACAGGUGGCUCGUCACAAGCUACGGGAACUUCUCGCCAGAUGCAGCUCUCCAAGAUGCCGCCAACGCCGCGGCCGCCCUGUUUGAGGACUUUGAACUUGAAACCUCAUUGAACACUGAGAUUUUCAACUUAAUAAAUGCCCUGUUGCGCAAGGGUGAACUGCUAGAUUGUGAAUCGCGGCGAUAUUUAGAAAAGAAGCACAAGGCUCAUGUCAGCAAUGGACUCUGGCUCGCAGAAGAAUCCUCUCGCCAGCGCUUCCAGAUUGUGCGAUCCCGUAUAGCCGCGCUUGAGGCCGAAUUUAUGAAGAACCUGUCAGACUCACGCUUGGAAGUCUGGUAUAGCCGCCAGGCCAUGCAAGGAGUGCUAGACGAGGUUUUAUCUAGAUUUAAGAGCGACACGGUUGGGAACGAGCAGAUGUUUCGAUGCGAUUCCGCAACGAUACUUCAGGUCAUGAUGUUUGCCACAAAUGCGGAUACACGAAGGCUUUGCUACAUGGCUAGUGAGAACACAUGUCGCGGGAAUGAAUCCGUGUUCAAAGAACUUAUCCUGCUCCGUGCCGAGAGUGCUCGUCUACUUGGUUACUCUAGCCACGCUGCGUUGCGACUUGAGGAUAGAAUGGCCAAAACACCCGAUGUUGUCAACAAUUUCCUGGCCGAUUUGGUUUCGAAGCUCUCCGAGACAGCAAGUUUUGAAGUUGAGAAGCUGAAAGCUAUGAAAAAGAGAGAUGUCGAGUCUCGCGGGGAGUCAUUUGGUGGACAUUACUACUUCUGGGACCACUCUUUCUAUAGCCGACUCAUGAUGGAGAGAGAACAUGACUUGGAUCAGCAGUUACUGGCAGAAUACUUACCCCUCUUGCCAACUGUAGAAUCCAUGCUUGAAAUCAACCAGCAUCUCUUUGGUAUGGUGUUCAUUGAGAUUACCAAGCUAGGCCAAGAUUCCGGCGUCACCUUCAGCUAUAACAGCAACGCUGAGAUGCUCUGGCAUGACGACGUGCGAGUUUUCAGUGUUUGGAACGACAAGCAACAAGGCGGUGAAUUUGUUGGCUAUCUAUACCUUGACCUCUACGAAAGGAAAGGCAAGCCCUCAAAUGCAUGUAAUGUGCCAAUACGGCCAGUAAGUGCAAGACUCGAAAUGUGUUCAAUCUCGUCUAUGCUGCCGACGUAUUUAACGCAACAUUUAAACUCGACCCUGAAGAUACGACAAAUGGCCGCCGGUAUCGCCAUGCAGUGCUUGAAAUGGGGGCAAGUGAGGAUGAAAUGA